UAUGAAAUUCAAAAUGUAGUGUUUUUAAUUUUGCAAUUGCCGUGAAAAUAUUUUAUUGCUGCUUUCGUUUUUCACAUUAUGGAGAAUAUCUCUGAAGAACUGGGCAUUCCUAAGAAGAACCUUAGAUGUACACAACAGGAUGAUAGGUUUGUUGCUACAGUGUCAAAAGCAUGGUUGAAAAUAUUGGUGAAGAAUUCGAAACUGUCUGAUUUUAAUGGGACAGAGGAGAAGGAUGAUGUUAGAAUUCUUCUAAGGGUUUUUGCGAAAUGCCAAGAUGGCAAGGUUAUCCCAUUGCCAAGAAUUCGAUUGGAUUCAAAGAAGAAUGGACCAUUGUCUUUGCAUGAACUGUUCCAGUAUAUACAUCAAACAAAUUACAAGAAUCUGUGGAAGGAAGCCUACAAAAAGUAUAAUCCUAUUGAUGUCAAUAAGGGCACUCAGAUUCUGUUAACUACAUACAAUGAAGUUCUAAGAGAAAUUAUAUUGAGAACUUAUGGAUGUGGAAUUGUGGAUCUUUGCAAUGGAAAAAGCAGUAAUGUAGAUACCACUAGUUCCAUUGAAUGUGGCAAUUUGCUGCCAGUUCUAUGUGCUGUAGAAACAUAUAGUUCAAUAUACUUAAUUCAUUAUCCAUAUAUUGAACAUACCUUAAAAGAUUGUAUUACCUUCAGCCCUUCAAUUCUUAACAUGUGUUAUACAAAACCAUUAUUUAUUGUUUACCAACUUGUUCAAACCAUGAAGCAACUGCAUGACAACAGUUUGAUUAUGGGGGAAAUUACAUUGAAUGAUAUCUAUUUGGAGGAAGAUUUGUGGAUUUUCAUAUGUCCCCAAUUAACUUCCAAUAUUUACAUGCAGCAAGAGAUUGCUGUAACAUCUAAAACUGAGAUUGUAAAUAGAUUUGAGAAAAGUUGGGACAAAAUACAAGUUCCUAAUAACUUGCCAUUAGAGAAAAUAUGCGAAUUGUGGAUUGGUGGACAAAUCUCAAAUUAUACAUAUUUGAUGGUGUUGAAUGGCUUGGCUGGUCGGAGAUUGGGAGAUCCUAAUUGUCACUAUGUGUUUCCAUGGGUGACGGACUUUUCAGAGCGGAACGGCAAGAAUUGGCGGGAUCUCAAGAAGUCUAAAUUCAGAUUAAAUAAAGGAGACAGGCAGCUGGAUCUGACCUACGAGCAUCACAUUCAAACGCAACCGCCACACCAUGUGUCCGAUGUACUUUCAGCAAUCACAUACUUCGUGUACACGUCUCGAAGAACUUCUAAGGAGGUCUUAUGCAAAAAUGUGCGAACUGUUUGGGUACCCGCGGAAUAUCCUAGCUCGAUUCAGCGGCUGCAGGAAUGGACUCCCGAUGAGUGCAUUCCGGAAUUCUUUUCAGAACCAAAUGUAUUCAAGAGUAUUCAUCCUGAUCUGGAUGACCUUGAGGUGCCUCCGUGGUCCACAAGUCCAGAGGAUUUCAUUGAUAAACAUAGGGAGAUUUUGGAAAGCCAGCACGUCUCUGAGAGGCUUCACCACUGGAUUGAUCUCACUUUUGGAUAUAAACUCUCUGGUAACGCUGCGAUUAAGGCAAAAAAUGUUUGCUUACAUUUAGUUGAUGAUCACACGAAUUUAACAACGUCCGGUGUUGUGCAACUCUUUGUUCAUCCACAUCCGCCCCGGAAUGCAACAAGUUUGCCGUUUUGGGGUAAAAGUCCCCCAAAGCUAUACGUUCAUAAACACCACUCAAAAACCAGAGAUAGAAGCUCAUCGUCCGCUGCCUCCGUGCUGGAAACAACGAACAUUCGAAGCGAGGAAGAAGAUCCGCAUGAAGAUAUAAGGUUACUAUCAAGAAGUCGAUCUUCAUUGAAUGAGGAACCAAAAGUUAGAACGCAUCGGAGUCCCAGCUUAAACAAAUCUAAUACAAAAACGACAAUCCUUUUACCGAAGGAGUUCAAUCCGGCGCAGGCUUUGAAUCAGCUGGAAAACAUGCAUAAUUUCUUCACAACAACAUUCCAGCAACAAGUUAAAUCAAACACUGCCUUAGAUUCGCCAAGCAUUAAGCAAAUACUGAACCCUCCACUCCGUAACGCCUUUACAAACCGCUUUUUUGAGCAGUCGAAUAAUCUAGUUUCCAAUAAUAAAAUAGCGAAUUGCAACUACACCGAAAUAGUUGCGGCCAGAAGAACUCGAGAACUCCAAAUUUUGGGCUGCCUAAUCGUCGAGAUCUUUAUGGCGAAGCAAAUGCGCGUUUUGAACAGCGCCGACCAUUGCCUGAAGAAGCGCAUUCGCGCCUGUCUGUCUGUGAUACAAAAAGAAGAUUUAUUACCGAAUUGUAUAAAGUUUAUAGUGAGAAUUCUGUUGAAUCCAGCCGAUUGCAAGAGCUUUCCGGCGGUCACCGAAUUCGGAUUACCGCCACCCACUGCCCACCUGAUACUUGAGCCGUUGCUGCACAAUCAUUUAAUGCCGUUUAACGAACACUUCAAUGCCUUACACUCUCUGAUUGAAGAGUUGAAGGACUAUGACUGUGUCUUCCGAGAAUUGGAUUUGUUCUGUUGCGAUGGUCGACACAGGGGUGUGUUUAUGCAGAACGUGGCUGAAUGCAAAGUGAAAUCGUUCGCACGCAAUUUUGAGGCUAGUCUGUCCAGUGGUCGUCGAUUGAGUUCCAAAGAUGGCGAGGUUGUUAAUAUAUUGGUGAUGCACGUUAAGAAUUUGAUCGAAGUUCAGAGCACUUCAGUCUUAGCAGCGUGGUACUUAUUUGAUCCCUUGGCCAGAUUGUUGGGGCCGCAGAAGAGCGAAGAGAUUUUUCUGGGACCGGUAUUGAAGCUGUAUGAAACGUAUAAUGCUAAAAUCGCCAAAAUCUACCAUCACAGUUUCCUGCUUCGGUUGAUUGUUAGAUUCGGAUUACGUUGCUUCUUGGAAUAUUUCAUAGCGCCUUUGGUGGAAGCUGUCGGAGGAUAUAAAGAUAAUUAUGAAGGGAACAGCGAGGCGUCUUCGGAGAGCGACGACACAGAGAAUAAUCGUCAGCACGUGCAAGACUGCAUUUUUACUUUUGAAAGCGACAUCGUAGAUCAAUUGGAAUCAAAUUCGGACAGCGACAUAACUUUCAACAAUUCAGGGGCAGACGAAGCAGUAGAUGUAGCCGCUGUCGUAAUAAAUGAGACCAACUUUGACUCAGCUUCUUUGGGUAAAGGUAACAAAGAACUGUGCAAUAUAAGUUGCGAUAUCGGCAGUAAAAAGAGCGUUAAGAGUAAUGGUAGUAAUGAAAACAGUAGAAUCUCGAGCAUGAGCGCUGAUAGUUUGGAUUGGUUAUCUCAUCGCUUGGGUCCUGUGCUCUCAGCUAGGUAUCUCACUAGAAACUUAUUGAAAAUGUUGACUUUGUGUUACGUCGGUGGAGAAAAUUUGCAAGAAGUAACUUCCAAUGAAAAUGGAGAUGGUGGUUUCAUCGGAAUUGCAAACAGCGGUUGCGUUCUUGGUGAUAGAAACGCCUCAAAAGUUAUGGAUUGUCUAUGCAGUAUCGCUGCGUUAUACGGGGAACAAUUGAUUUUACUGCAGUACUUACCACACAUGGCUGAAUUGAUAUUACUUUGUAAGAGGAAGCUGACGCCCAAUUUGGAGGGUGGUCUUAUAUCCUGUUUAGCUCUGUUAAAGAGAAUUGUUCCGUACAUGUGUGAUGCGACUUUGAUGGAUCAACUACAAGAUGUUAUAUUGAAAAACAUAAUUCACCCGACCGUGCGUCUCUUGGGAUCCAUCAAAUACACGUUUCCAAAUGGUUGCACGGCGCGACGGAUUUUGGCACGAAAAUAUCUGGACACGCUCUACGUUUUGGCACUGAGAAUGGGAGCGGACAUGUCGAGAACACAACUGGCAGUUCCAGCAUUGCAAAGAUUCUUCCUGAUAUUCGAUAAAAUCGACGAGAGCAACAAUCCACCAUCGGAAUUGCAAAGAUCAGAGGCAAAUGAUAGCGACCAAAUCAACAACAGUUUCGAGGAAUCUAGCUACGUGGAAUUGAGGAGAGAUGGUACGACUACAGAGUGGGCGAUUGGUGGCAGACCGGUUCAAAUUCUGCCUAUAGAUGAUUCGGAAGACAGUUUAUCUCCUGUCUUUAACAGUUCAGCUUCUAUGAGCGAGGAUUCGAUCACCAAUCAGGCUUUGGACGAGUUGCGGAUGGUCUUCAGCGCGGAAUUGGCUUACACAGCGUACAUGCCUUUCUUGAAAUUACUCGGUUUCCAAGCCAUGGAAUCGUCGCUGAAGAAUCACACGUCCGUCUACAACUUGUGUCAGAAAUUCGAAGAAAAACUGAAACAGAGCAGGAACUUGGAUGCAUUGCCAUCGAAACCUACAAUCGUAGUGGUUUCCGGAAGCCUCGGCAGCAAUGUUUCUUUAGUUGGAAAUAGGAUCGAUGUGCAGGAGGAUGAAGAGGACGUUCUGAAUUUUAUAAGCAAUAAGAUGGAGAACAGCGUGCGGCAUCUGCGUGGCAAUUGGUUGGCGUAUUGGGAGCACGAGAUUGGUAGAUCUGAUAAAGACAAUUCCUUCAAUUUCAAGCAAAUCAAAUUACAAACGUUCACGGGUCACGUAAACUCGGUGAAAGCAAUCCAUGUAUUGGACAAUGAGAAUAGUUUCCUCAGUUGCAGUCGUGAUAAAACGGUGAAACUGUGGUCGCUGCGAAGUCAGGGUACUGGUAGCAAUGUGACCAAUUGCCAAUCUACCUACGCUUGUCAUAAGAAGGGCGUUUUAUCGUUGGCCUUCUUGGAGAGCCUCCGAUUGGUAGCUUCGUGUGAUGGAGUGGUGCAGUUGUGGGAUCCUUUCAUGUGUUCCACUGUCGCUCAGUUAGAGCCAACGUCGAAGUGUUCAUCUCCGGUUAACAUUAUUAAAUCCCUUGCAGCGCCAAGUCCUAUACUGUUCGCGGCCACUGCUGAUGCCACCUUAAGGAUAAUCGAUGCAAGAUUAUGCGCAUAUUCUUACGAACUCAAGGUGUGUAUUGGACCUGUAAGUCUUAUACGAUGCAUGGCUGUGGCUCCUUCCGGUUUGUGGAUUGCGGUUGGACAAGCGUCUGGACAAAUAACAAUAUUGGAUACGAGGACAGGAUUGGUUUUGCAGACAUGGCGUGGCCACGAAGGAGAAGUACUGCAGCUUGAAGCCAUCGAUGAGCAAACUUUGGUGUCGAGCAGUCUGGAUCAGACCAUAACCGUGUGGUCCGUUACAGAUGGAAGAUUAAAGUUUCACAUCAAGGGUUGCUCUGAGCCGGUACACUGCUUGAAUGUGUAUAACAAUGAGGAGCUGAUCACUGGUAGCAGUUCACCGCGAAUCGGAGUGUACAUGGGAAUAUCUGAAGACGCCCACUACUCAAGUACCAAACUACGUUCGGACACAUUCAAGGGUUUACUGACCUCGAUGGCUCUGCUCCCACUGAACAGGCUGCUUUUACUAGGAUCUGACAACGGCAAUAUUUCGCUACUGUGUUAGUUAUUAAUAAUUUAAUUUAGAGGAUGCAAGCAAAUAACGAUAAUCCGAUUUGCUCAAAAAGUUCAAUUGGCAAAUUCGAACAGUAUUACACAAUGUAUCGUUUCCUACUUACUAGCGCGUGUGUUUGUUUUUAUUUCAGUUCUCUAGCGAAGAGCCAACAUUCCAUCCAUAUUUUACUGUCUAUUUUAUAAUUAUUAUGAUUUCAUGAAAUUUUCGCUGAUUCGUUUCCAUUUUGAAUCUGUACAUUUUCCAAGAUGUCUUUAUUCCUCUUUCAAACUGAUUUUGUUUG